AUGUCAACCGGGCGCAAGGUCUUUCACUGUGCCGUGGACGAGACGGCCUUGUCCACCAACAUUAGCGAGAUCAAGAAAUGGACCACCAACGGUGCCAUCGAUCUCAUUGUCCCUCUUUACACCCUAGAUCGUCUCCAUGCGCUGAAGCGAGCGGGAUCGCAAGUCGCCAUCAACGCCCGCGAGGCGGUUCGCUUCCUCGACCGAGUCACCUCCGGCAAAGAUCACAUCGCCACCGAUCGCGUUGUCUUGCAGGGCCCAUUGGAGCAAUAUGAGCGCUGGGAAGAUGCGGAGAAGUUUGUCCUGCCCGAGUUUGAAGAGGAGCUCGCGCCCGAUAACGGAGACGGAGUUCCAAAUGACGAGCCGGUGCUUGAGUCCCAACCGGAUGAUAUCAGCAAAAAGAAUGGACCGGACGAUCUGUCACAAAUGCUGCUGAGCAAGUCGAACUUCAAGAAAGACCCGGAGGCCGCCUCGAUCACUUCCGUCGGCUCGCCGAGCGGACCAGGCUCGCGCACUUCCUCCCACAGCUCGCGCACCAGCCCCGAAUGCGCCCAGAACGAGACGACCGACGGAGCCGGCAACACUGGCAAGAACAAGUCUUCGGCGCAUCAACGCACGGCAUCCGGCUCCACGAUCCCGACGGUUCCACCGACGCUCCGCCCGCUGCUGAGUGCCCUCCUCUGGCGUCUACACAGUGGUCCAGAUGCCGAGAAUACCGCGAAAAACUGCAUUCUGAUCAGCAAUGACCGUACGACACAGUUUUGGGCUCAGAUGUUUGGCAUUGGUGUGAAGAACAUCCUCCAGCUACGCACAGCCAUCCAGUACGAGGAGCGCGAAUACAAGAACCGCUGCAAAUAUACCCUCCUUUCUUACGACGAUGAAAGCGACGAGGAUGAGUUGGUGUUCGUCCCCCGCGGCCGUGGCAAAGGGGCGUCCCGAGGCAAUGCGCGAGCCAGUGCUCAGCGUAAAGCCGCUGCGAAGCCAGCCGACCCAGCCACUGAUAACACGGUCGAAGUGCCAACGCAGCCGAUUGACCCGAACUCGUUUAGCCGGUCGCUGGGCGGCACCGCCAAACCGCAGACGGUGGAUCUAAGCACGCAAAACGGUGCCGCUCGCGGGAUGGCAGGAGCAUCUCGGCGUUCAGUCAACGGGCGCCGCGGUGGCUCCUCGCGGGGAGCUGCACGGGGCAACGGGCGCGGACGGGGCAAGCUCUGGGUUCCUUGA